AUGGCCGUCUCGAUACAGGAUCGUACGGAUGAGUUCCGGUCUAUCCUCGCGCAGGCCCAACGGCGGCAGGCGCAGUCCAAGACGGGCGCACAACGGCAGUCGCUCCUCACGGCACAAGAGAAGACACAGGCGAGCGCUAGUCCCCAGCGUCAACGCUCAGAGUUCGCACGAAAUGCUGCGGAAGUUGCGCGAGGUGUGGCAAGCACCAUGCAGAAACUAGAGCGCCUCUCGCAACUUGCCAAGCGCAAGACGCUAUUCGACGAUCGGCCCGUCGAGUUCGAUGAGCUCACCUUUGUCAUCAAGCAGGACAUGACUGCGCUGUCUGGUCAGGUACAGUCGCUGCAGCAGAUGAACGCAAAGCAACAUCCAAAGUCAAAGCCAGGUGUAGACCAGGAGGGAGAGCACAACAGCAAUGUCGUCAUACUGUUGAAAGACAAGCUGCAGAACGUGGGAACAAACUUCAAAGAUGUGUUGGAGGUGCGCACCAAGAACAUGCAGGCAUCACGCUCGCGGACAGAGCAGUUUCUCUCGACCGCUGCCCAGCAAUCUCACAGCAGCCUGGAUCCUAGCCGUACCGACUCUCCGCUGUACCAGACACCCCAGCGAGGACGCUCACCAGGAGGAUUCGGCAGAAACACAAACGCAGUGCAGCAGGAUCUGCUCUCGCUCGAACCUUCAGGGCCCUCGGCGCUGACCCGUGGUGGUCCGCAAUCAGACGCACAGCUGCUGCUCAUGGAAGAGGCUCAGCCCCAGAACGCCUAUAUCCAACAGCGAGGACAGGCAAUUGAGUCGAUAGAAUCGACCAUUCAAGAACUGGGAGGUAUCUUCAGCCAGCUCGCUCAGAUGGUAUCGGAGCAGGGCGAGCAGAUCCAGCGCAUAGACGCAAACACUGAGGAUGUUGUGGACAAUGUCGAGGGCGCCCAGCGUGAAUUGAUGAAGUACUGGAGUCGCGUUCAGGGCAACAGGUGGCUCGUUGCAAAGAUGUUUGGUGUACUGAUGAUAUUUUUCCUACUCUGGGUCCUUAUUUCUGGUUAA